CGAAGUGAAAGCACCCCCUCUGCUCAGUUGCCAAGCCAGGUCGCUCUUCUCUUUCCUCUCUAUUCCUUUGGUUGCUGGGUGAUCAGAGAGAGAGAGAGAAAUGGCUUGCUUACACGAUCACAGUUGCGAAGAACACGAUUGUUCGUCUAAUUGGUCUCUAUACAAGCAUAUAGACCUCUCUAAGGUAUCCGCUCUAAAUGAGGCUGUUUCAGGAAGUGUUAAGUCAGUUUUUAAAGCUUGGGAGCAGCGUCUGAAUUCUUCAGAGGGUCACUUGGAAAGCAAUGACGGUGAUCCAGAGUUAAUUGUUUUCAUCCCAUUUACAUCAGAUGUUAAGAUCAAGAGCAUUUCAGUGGUUGGUGGUGCUGAUGGAACAAGUCCUUCCAAGAUGAGAGCGUUUAUCAAUCGAGAUGGUAUUGACUUUUCAGAUGCUCAAAACAUGCAAGCUAUUCAGGAGUGGGAAUUGGCGGAAAAUUUGCAAGGAGUUUUAGAAUACCAGACAAGAUAUUCUAGAUUUCAAAGCGUGGGAAGUCUUACUUUGCAUUUCCCUGAAAAUUUUGGGGGUGAAACAACUCAAAUAAAUUACAUUGGGUUAAAGGGUGAAGCCACUCAGUUGAAGAGGGAUGUUGUUGCCACAAUUGUUUAUGAACUUACGCCCAAUCCUUCUGACCACAAGACACGGGCCGACGCUGGAGGAGGUCUUUCACAUGUUGAAUGAAGAGCAUCAGUGGUAGGCUGCUUCUCGCAAAGGAGAGGAUAUCUCCUUUUUAUACAUCUGGCUAUGAAAUAUAAACACAAAUCCUUUCAAUAGUUGUAACAGCCUUUUCUUUGGUAGUGGAUUUCUCCUUUGUAUGCAUCUGGUUAUGGAAUAUAUCAAACACAAACCCUUUCAACAGCUGUAACAGCCUUUUCUUCUGGAA